AUGACUCGUAAACAAAAUCGUAUAUGUGAAAGCUGUGGAUAUAUAUAUUCAACACCACAAAAACUUCAUCAAUAUUAUAAUAGUAAUAAAAAUCCAUGUCACAACCAAGAUUUACCAAAUCAGAAUCCAACUCUGCUAGCUAAUUCAGAAAUAGAAUUUCUUAAUGCAUUGAGAUUAUUUAAUCCUUCAGAAAUUGCUAAGACUAUUCUAUCACCAAAAGCUGAAAGAGAAUAUCUUGAAGUAUUAAGAAUAUUAGAACCUAUUCCACAAUUUCAUCAAACUGAUAUUAUUAGUUCUGGAUGUAAAUUAUUAGAUGAUCAUUAUAAAAGGUUAUUUGAUGAUAAAAUAGAAGAAGAUAAUAGUGAAAUAGAUUAUAAAGAAAGUGAAAAGAAACUUAUUCCAAUUAGAAUUGCAUCUAAAUCCAAAGUACAUAAUAGAUUUAAUCAUAAAGAAGGGAAUUAUCAACCACGUAAAUUGAUUAGGCUUUUAUUAAUUACAGGAAAUGACUCUGAAACAGAAGAACCAUCUCAACAUUAUUGUUUAAUUCAAGGAAGAGAUAGAUUAGGAAAAUUAGCUGGAUAUACAACUAAACACAAUAGGAGAUUAUAUGUUUAUGAUUAUUGUGUAAGCCAUCAAACCCAUGAUCCCAAGAUUGAUGCUCAGCAUAUGAAAGAUUAUACACCUUUUACUUGCAUAGCAGAUGCUGAAACUCUCUCCACUCUGAUUGAAAAAAAUCAAGGAUCAAAAACAACAGCAAUUCAAGAACAUAAAGUUAUAUCAUUUGAUUAUAUAAUUAGGCGUAGUGAUGGCAAAACCAAAGCACCAGUAAAAAUUAGAGAAGCUCCUGCUGGAGAAUUUAUUAAAGCAAGUCAUAUAAUACGAAAUUCUGCAAAGAAAUUAAUCAAAAUAUUGCAAUCAGGAAUAAUACCCGAAGAGAUAGCAGAAGAUUAUAUUAUCAGUAUUAAUAUAUUUCAAUCAUGGGAAUUAG